AAGCCGGGCGACCUGUACCUUUUCGCAUUUUUAUGUUGGGCCGCCAUUCUUUGGAUAUUAGCACGAGCUAAAACCCCUUCGGCCUUCGGGAAUUCCUUCUUGUAGGCCCAAAGGGUUGAAGAAAUAAUCGCGCUACUCUAUUUCUCCGUCUCUACCAGGGCUUCUCUUGCUCUUGGUGUUACUGACGUCAUGUUUAAGAAGCCGGCUGAGGCAAAAUCGUUCCAGCGUUUAUCUGGAGCUGAUCGUAAGAAGCUAAGAAGAAGCAUAAAAGAAAGGUUUACGCAUGCUACAGAUGCUGAUAUUGAUGAGCUAGUGCCUCCAAAGGUGGAAAUAACUGUUGCGAAGUUUCCUAAUCGAGCUCAUGUAUACUCCAUAGAAGGUGGCCUUCCAAUACUUUUCGAUGUUGAUGGUAGAGGAUCUGAGUUGUUUCCAACUGUUUUUGCACUCUGGAAAGUCCCUGAGCUGUUGCCAGCUUUUGUUCUCAAGGGUGGUGAAGUAUCUCGCUUUGUAAUCAGUGGUGCAGAUUUGAUGUUUCCUGGUAUUAGCAUACCUCCUGAUGGUCUACCUCCAUUCUUGGCUGGGCAGCCCUGGUCAGUGAAGGUUCCUGGCAACAAUGCUCCAAUUGCGGUGGGGUCUACCAUGAUGAGUUCUGCUGAAGCAGUAAAAGCCGGUUUGCGUGGUAAGGCUUUGCACAUAUUGCACUGUUACCAUGACUCAUUGUGGGAAUCUGUAGAAGGACGGCUUGUACCUAAUGCAGGGUUCUUGGAAGAUAUGGUUAUUGAGGAUCCAGCUCUAGUGGAGGUCAGCGCAGAACAAGCCUCUUCUGAAGAAGUUCACAAUGAUUCAUUCCAUCUGCAUGAUACUAAUGCUAAUGAAACACAUCAAAAAGUGAUGGAUGCAGAGGCAGCAACUCCAGAACAGAGUGCUGGUGUCUCCGCCCACAUAGAGGUUGAGGGUGAUACUGCCAGUCAGAUGACAUCAGAUUUUGACACUCUAAGGGUGGCAGAUGAGGUUUCGGCUACUGUUGCUGAAGAACAUACUGAUGAUAAAGAGCAGCAUGUGCUGUCCUCUGAGGAAAUUGACAUCCUUUUGGACAAAUGUCUUUUGCAAGCCCUGCACACUACUAUUAAAGAUAAAGAUCUUCCUAUGUCUGGAAGUGCUUUAUGGUCGAGCCAUGUCUUGCCCUGUAGGCCUGCAGGCGUGACCCUUGAUAUUAAAAAAUCAUCACACAAGAAACUCUCAAAGUGGUUGCAGUCCAAAUCUUCUGCUGGUUUGAUCUCAGCAAAGGAAGACAAGCAUAAAAAAGAGGUUGUUUUGAUUUCGGUGAACCGUACUCAUCCAGAUUAUACAUCAUUUAGGCCUGAGAAGCACAAGCCGGCUAGUGCAGUUGAGGGUUCAGAGGUCACUAGUUCACAUCAGGCAAGAACACAGCUUGACAUGGUGGAGAUCUAUAAAUCAACUACUCAUGUCAAUCCAAUCCUUGCUGCUGUUGGGGCUGAUCCUGGGAAGUACUUUUGUGCAUCAGAGGCCUCUGAAAUUGUAUUCUCAUACAUUGAAAAAGAGAAUUUGGUGAAGCCUACAAACAAGGCCAUUAUAGUUCUUGACGCUGCUUUAUGUGAUGCACUGUAUAAAGGAUCAGUGAAGAAGGGUGCAGCUUAUCCAACAGAAAUUCACAAAAAGGACUUGGGGGCAGCAUUCCUGAACAGGAUGCAAGUUCAUCAUAGGGUGACUAGAGGCAGUGAGUCCACAAUUCGAAAAGGUGCAGUUAAACCAGUUCAGAUAAUGAGCGAACGCAGGCAAGGAAAUAAGAAAGUGACAAGGGUCUCCGGCUUGGAAUCUUUCUUGAUAGAUCCAGAAUCUCUGGCUUCAGAGCUUCAGAAGAAGUUUGCCUGUAGUACAUCAGUGGCUGAACUGCCAGGUAAAAAGGGCCAGCAUGAGGUACUGGUCCAAGGUGGAGUGAUCGAUGACCUGGCCCGACAUCUCGUGGAGCAUUACGGGAUUAACAAACGAUACAUUGAAGUUCUGGACAAGACGAGGAAAUAGUGGUUUGGUGCCCGUGUUGCUGUCCACCAGUGAAGGGCAUCACAUGAUAAGAGUCAAAUCUUGCCUUGAAGCUCUUCCUACGUCAGCAAUUAAACCAUUUUCCGCAGAGCGGUUUGCUCCCCUUUCUUCGUUCCUGGAAUGAGGCAGAAAUAAACUAGGGGAAGCAUGUUGGAGGUUUGUUUCUUAAUCUUUUCUGAAGAGGAUCAGUGCUUUUCCAGUGAUAAUGAGUGACAUGCAAUUUUGUCUGUAGAUAGAGGUGAGAACAUCGUUUCGUGAUAUCUCUGUGCGAUUAAACUGUAUGUACCUGCUGUUUUGAAGAUUUGGAAAAUAUGCAAACGCUAUCAUUAGUGAGUACAUAAUGAAAUUCAGCUACUAUUUAUGCAUAUAA